AUGACCUCUAUAAAGGCCGCAACUAUGGUGGCAAAGGUCAAAUGUGAACAUGUGAGAAGCGGCAGCAGUCUCUGUAUCACCAGCAGCAAUAUCAGUGAAAACAGUGAGAGUUGUCUUGUUAACAACAAAACCCGCCACUUGGACAAACCGCUUCCAUCCCAGCAGCUGCGCAAUACGCAAUUCCUCGGCGUAAUGCUGCUGAUCUCCGUGGUGUGGCCGACCAUGGCCCCAACGCUGGAGUCGAUUCUCCAGCAGUCCGGCAGUUCUGCCAGUGAAGUGUCGCUGGCGGAGCUGACGGCGCAACACCUGCCGGACUACCGCUGCUGCUGCGGCUGCAGUGAGGCGGAGGAGGCGGAGGCGGAGAUGCGCGGCGACCGGGCGUUUCACUACGAGCAGUUGUGCUCCGCCGCCGUCGCCGCCGACACCAAACACCAACGCAGUGGGAGUGAAGAGGAGGAAGAGGAGGAGGAGGAGGAAGAAGAGGAAGAAAAGGAGAAGGAGAAUAAACGAAAACGGAGGAGUUUGCGGCGGAUUGUGCGGGAGGAGGAGAGGCGAAUAAACGGGAUGUGCACAGAGCGUACAUUCAGCACACCCACCAGCAGCAGUUACGGUUGUAUCAGUUUCACUUCUUCUCGCAUCUCCACACCGUGUAAGCCGCCGCCGCUGCAGCAACGCCUACAUUUCCCAAUUCCUACCAUCACUCUUGUCAGCGGCGGUAAUGGGAAACGGGCGAAUACGUUUGAAAGAUUGCCGGAUUCUGUUCUUCUUGCCAUGUUUGGAUUUCUCGCGUUUCCAGAAGUUAUUGCGUUACUGGCAACUAAUAAACAUCUCAAUCGUCUGGUCAAACAGUAUUUCGCUGUGAAUGAACAUGGCGUCUUCUGUAUUCCCGCCUACACCGGCCGUCCAUCUCCUCUACACCGCUACGAGGGAAGUAGCAUCACCAAUAAUACCAAUUCACCCACUAAUAAUAAUAACAAUAAUAAUAAGAGUAAGAAUAAGGGUAAAAACAACAGUACAGAUGAUUCCACGGAGUCUACUGGAACGCCAACGAAAAACAUUCGUUUGUUUUUUGGCCAACAGCGUCGCGAUAAUCAUCCAUCAUCCCUUCGACAUCUUCUCAACUUUCUCCAUCCCGAUAUGGUAAUCCCACACAUGGAGGCACACACCAAUUCGCUUAGCGGACGUGGAAAAGGCUGUUCGUGGGUGUUUGUGACUUCCCGCGAGGAUGCCUCUCGACUGAUGGCAUUUAACAAACUUCUCUUUCUUGAUAUGCGUGAAAACGGCGAAGAAGUGUACUUGUUGGCCCCGCCCCGCAGUAAAGAUUGGCUGCAGGAGUAUUCACAGGAAGUCAGCACGGCCUCCUAUCGCUCUAGCAAUCUUCCACGGCAGCCGAUGGUUGUGGAGAUGCCGGAUAAAUCCUCCAGUAAGCGUAAGAAGGCCUUGGCUCAAUCAUCAUCGCCAUCAACACAGCAACUACCAUCAUCAUCAACAACAUCACAACAACAACAACCUUCACAACAGAAACGCAAUCAGAAACAACAACAACAACAACAACAGCAGCAGCAGAAAGAAGAACAUGAUAAUGAGAAGAAGGUAGAGAAGAAACAAGAAGAGAAAGAGGAAGAAAAGAAUAAAGUGAAAAUGGAAAUAAAGGAGGAGCAGAAGUGCUGUACUCCACGUGUAAAGGGUAAACUGGUGGCAACAGAAAUCCACUCGGAGGAGAAGAAAACCCCUUCCAAACAUUCUACCGCUGUUGUAAACAAUGAUAAUGAUGAUGAUGAGACUAUGAAGAAAAAGAAAAAGAAGAAUGAAGAGGCUGCGCAAGAGUUAAAAGAGUUAAAAUUAACCCCGAAACCAUACAGCCGUUUUUCACCACACCCCAAAAGCUUCGGUCGGAAGUAUAGACGCCAUAACUACUAUAACUACGACUAUAACUACAACUACAACUACUAUAAUAAUAAUAAUAAUAAUAAUAAUAAUAAUAAUAAUAAUAAUAAUAAUAACAACAGGAAGAACAAUAACAAAUACGAUUAUGAUUAUGACUAUGAAUGUGAGUAUGACUAUGAGUGUGAGUAUGACUAUUAUUAUAAUCCUUACGCUACCACAUAUCUAGUUGAGCGAAUGCGUGAACACCCAUCUCUUGUCUGGACGGAUACCAAUAAGUUCCAUUACAAUCUCUAUGCAUUUAACCCGCUGUCUUCGCCAAGAGUGCAGACACCAGAGGAGGAAGCGGGAUUCACAUCAUGGGGCUCAUAA